AUGUACACCAUAUUCCUUCAGGCUCUUACAGCCUGUGCCUUUCUUCCAUGUGUCUUUGCUGCUCCUACUCAAGAUAGCUACCAGAAGAAUCUCGCAGCUCCGAACGAGCACCCCGAUGAUGUCUACGAUCUUGAACCCACAGCCAACUUCGCUUUCGCGCAACUCCCACAAUCACAGUGCCUGACGGAGAGCGGAUCUAUUGGCGACAUUCUGAUCCUUGGGUUCCCCUUUGACACCGCAACCUCAUAUCGGACGGGUACGCGAUUUGGCCCUAACGCCAUCCGCCAGGGCUCGCGUGCUGCUUCUCUCGCUGGCCACUACAACUACCGCCAAUUCAUCAAUCCGUUCGCCCAGAACAUAUCAAUCGUCGAUUGUGGCGAUCUUCCCAUCUCGCCAUUCGACAACACCCUGGCAUUUGCUCAGAUGGAAGAAUGGUACAAGCGUAUUCUAUGGCGCGAAGUCAACUCUAAAGGCAAGAUAGCUGAGAUCUCCAAGACUGGCAGAGCUCAUUCUCAGAUCAUAUCUCUCGGGGGCGACCACAGCAUCUCGCUUCCAAUCCUCCGUGCCCUCAACACAGUCUACGGCAAAGUAUCUGCCAUCCACACCGAUGCGCAUAUUGACACUUGGUCUCCAAAGGUCUUCGCUGGUGCAGAAGCUGGAAGCAAGCAAGCCGAGUUUGCUGAUGGAACUCCCUACUACUGGGCAGGAAUGGAAGGCCUCUUGACAACGAAGAACGUCCACGCCGGCAUCAGAAGCAGUCUAGACUCGGAGAAAGACUUGGAGCUCGACGCUGAGAUGGGCUUCACUAUAAUCCCUGCUUCCGAUAUGCUCAAACGAGAUGGUGUUUGGGGCGUAAUCGAUAAAAUCCGGGCCGUUGUCCCACAUGACGAGCCCGUUUACGUGUCACUGGAUGUAGAUAGUCUAGAUCCCGCGUUUGCUCCAGGAACCGCCGGCCCUGCAUCCGGGGGCUGGACCCCAAGAGAAGUCAUCCAAAUCAUCAUCGACGGACUAGAAGGCUUGAAUAUUGUUGGAGUUGAUAUUGUCGAAGUGCUCCCAAGUUAUGAUAAUGCAGAGAUUACUGGCAUAGCUGCUGCGGAGUUCACAAUUGAGGUAAGUCGACCUACGAAGCCUGUUCUUGAACUUAACUAA